GGUUCCCACCAACUUUAUUUCAACCGUUUUUCGUUACCAUUUCAUUUCAAGGUCCACAUUCACCUUAGUGCUACUAUUACCUAAUCUUUAAUUGUUCCAUACACAUUACAUUAUACACACCCCUCUCAACUCAACUUGCAACCUUUCAUUACAUUACCAAGGGAUAUACCUCCAAAUUCAUCAUAGACUUCUAAAUUUGACAAUGUUUGCUGCUGUAGGAGCUAUGUCCAAGACCAAAGAUGUUUCAUUUAAUGUUCAUUUAGAGGAAGAGAACAAAAACAAAGGAACCAACAAGGUUGGUGAUGAAAACUAUGAUGAUGUUGAGCAAAUUGAGCUAGAUGAAGAUGAAGAGGAAGAACACAAGUUGGAAUUGGAUCUUGGUCCUCAGUUUUCUCUCAAGGAACAGCUUGAGAAAGAUAAAGAUGAUGAAAGCUUGAGGAAAUGGAAAGAACAACUUCUAGGAAAUGUUGAUGUGUCUGCUGUUGGAGAGAAAAUAGAGCCAGAAGUGAAGAUAGUGAGUCUUACCAUUAUAUGCCAAGGAAGGCCUGACCUAAUCUUGCCAAUUCCAUUCACUACUGAUUCCAAAAAGACUAUGUUUAUCCUCAAGGAAGCAAGCCAAUAUAGGCUAAAAUUCUCCUUCAUUGUCUCCAACAACAUUGUUUCUGGCCUCAAAUACACCAAUGUUGUUUGGAAAACUGGGAUUAGAGUGGACAGCACAAAGAAAAUGUUGGGAACUUAUAGUCCACAGCAGGAACCAUAUACAUAUGAAUUGGAAGAAGAAAUUACACCUUCUGGUUUGUUUGCUAGGGGAACCUAUUCAGCAAGAACCAAGUUUGUAGAUGAUGAUCGCAAAUGCUACUUGGAUGUUACUUAUAGGUUUGAGAUUCAGAAGAAUUGGCCUACACCUCACUGAUUGAAUUCAACUUUAUGUUUGUUAAUUGUUUAUUAGAUUGAGUUAGUGGAGUUGUGCACAUGCAUGAUAAAUGAUAGUGCAAAUCUUUCUUCCCUUUCUAUUAUAUGGUUUCUUUUUUUGUAUUGUAAUAACUAAAAUUUACAUAAAGGUAAUGCUCGUGACAAUUGCACUCA